AAACAUGAGUUAUUGUAUCCACCAGCGGAAUAUCGAACUUGGGAAGAAGAAUGGAGUCCUGUUGGAAUUUGGAAUCAGGGUGGCCGUUUGCAUCUGUUGGCAUUUCCAGAUAUUAAGAAGUAUCGCGCUAUUGGUUGCUGCGGAACUCGUCGUUUUUCGGGUGAAGACAACUAUAAACCAUAUCUUGUUUCCGUUGAUUUGGAAACGCAGGAAAUGAAGCUCAUUUAUUUGGCUCAGGAAAUCAAGUGUGUUAAAAUUGUUUCAAAUUCAUCGGGAAAGUACGUUCAAGUUUUAUCCGAGAGCAGUAUUGAAACAACCCAAUUAUGGAUGGAUACCUUGCCAUCAUGCCAAGCUUAUGCUCGUAUGUACAACCCAAGUCUAAAACUGCCAUAGAUGAUGACAUUUAGUGAGUAUUAUUUAAUUUUAGUAAUGUUUCUUUUCACUUCCCCUUGAACUUGAGAGCUACGAAGUAUUAUUUGACUUUAUUAUGAUAUAUGAUAUGAUAAUAAAGGUUUCAUUUAGUGCAACCUUGAAUUUAGUGUUUUAUGUUAUGGACUAUGUCAUGUGGAGCUACUGUUUUAACUAGAA